CUUGACUUGAAGCAAGGAAACUUUAGUAAUAGAUUUUAUACUACCGCAAACAAUUUUAAGUUAAAAGUUACGAUAUGUGAGACAAGAGACGGUUGGGAAACAUGGCAGUAGACGGGCGUAAAAUAAGACAAACUUUGUAUCAAGGUUCGGACAUAGAACAUGAUUUUCCAUGUUCCCCUUGUAGUAAAGGUGGGAAGAAUGAAGCCGCUAUCAAGCACUGUGUGGAAUGUGAUGAAAAUCUGUGUCAAAGUUGUAUGGAUGAUCACAAUAAGUUUUCAUCCAUGAAAGGCCAUCAGUUACUAGAUACAGUGAAACAACCGAGCGGGCGACAGCAGGAACUACCCAGCCAGAGAUGUGAAGAACAUGGAGGAAAAUUGAUAGAUGUCUUCUGUCCUGGUCAUGAUACCGUAUGCUGCUCCACGUGCAUAUCCGUUGAACAUAGUGGAUGUAAAGGAAUAAUAUUCAUACCAGACAUCGCGUGUAAGACUGACACCUCUCAGAAACUAAAGCUGCUUGAAACUGAAAUAAACACUCUUCAGGCCCGCUUUCAUGCCUUCAAACGAAACAAACAAGAUGAACUGGAAAAUGUUAAGGAAGAAAAGGGUAAAUUGAUUGAAGAAAUAAAAUCAGAACGAGGGAAAAUCAACGACCGUUUGGAUAAGAUGGAAAACGAACUUCUUCAAGAAGCAGAUGCCAUCUUUCAGAUAAAACUGAAACGUAUAGAAUCAAACAUGAAAGAAGUUGAUGCAAGGAUCGCUGUACUACAAGAAAGUUUACAGAAGAUAAAUGCUGCUAAACGUGAAAACGAAUCAGAGAAAUAUAUACAGAUAAAGCGCGUCAACGAGGAAAGAAAAACUGCAAGCGAUUGUUUAAAAGACUUUGAAAGGCCAAGUAAAACAGGUAGAUUACGGUUUGAUCCAUAUCGACAUGAGACUGGUUCGGAAUGCAACACAAUUGGAAGCAUACUUCAUCUUCCAGCCAUUGAAGUCGAAAAAUGUUUUGGUGAAUUUAAUGUACGGACAGCAGAUGACAGGAAUCGUUGCGAUAUAUGUGACAUGUGUAUGUGUAAAAGCGGUUGUAUUGUUAUGACUGAUUACAACAACAAGCGGAUCAGGAAAAUGAACAGUGCCUUCAAGGUCAUUUCUUCGCUGAAAUUAUCUGGCAAUCCUUUUGGUAUUUGUGAGAUAAACUCUUUAAUGCUGGCCAUAUCUGUUUAUCAAGGAAAAUUCUGCUAACCUCACAGGAAGAUCCUAUGACAGUAACAAACUCGUUCGACGUCUUUGGUGCAUGCCGAGGUAUUGCAUAUAAUGACGGGAGGAUUUAUGUUUGUUGUGACGGAAAUAGGGAUAGAUCGGAGGGUCCUGGUCAAAUUAAAGUUUUUUCCAUUUCUGGAGUAUUUCAAUAUGAAUUAUCUUAUCAUGGUGGAAUUGAAUUGCCUCGACGUUUAGCAUUCACAAGCUCUUCAAAGGGUUUCUUUGUGAUCGACGGGAUUAAAGGAAUCAUUCAUAUAGAUAAAAUGAGUGGCGUGUCAAAUAAUGUGGGAAAGAAAAUCUCUGGCCCCUCUGGUAUCUGCAACAUAGACAAGAAUCUGUUCUGUGUUGCAGUUAAAUCGUGCAACUUACUUUUGAUGUCACAUGACGGGAAAGAUCAGGUAGAAAUGCUGAUAAAACACGCCGGUAAAACAAAUCGUUCGUGUAUGUGUUUCGAUAACAAAACAUCACGGCUUGUUGUCUAUCAUUCGGACAGUAGCAAAGUUUUCGUUUAUACUUUAAAAGUAACUGAUUGAUUUAUUUUAAAUGGUCAUACCGGUAUAUCUUGUGAUUAAAUCUGAUCGAAUUACCACUUGUGAAAUGAGUCAGAUGUGUGUCUCUGAAUAAAAGUUUUGACCGGUGAAAAGAAGAUUACUUUAACAUUGAAAUAGCAUGAAAUAUAAAAUUAUGGACGAUAUAUUGCAGCGUAAGAUUAUGUUGUAUACACAUAACUUGUUUUCAUUAAAAUGUUUAGGCAUAUUUAUUUGAUGACUUCAAAAACAUUUCUGCAACUAAAUGUAUAUUUAAAAUAUUAGUUAUGCAGCAUAAAAAUCACAUUGAAUGUUUUAAGGUACAUUGUUUGAAAUUUCAUUCUAAUGACUGAUUUACACUAUGGGUGGCUUUUGAAUUAAAUACAUCGAAGAUAAGCAAAUAUGUAGGAAAACGCAUGUAAAAUUAUCUACGUAUGAAACACAGCUAAAUUGACUUCAUAAUAAAAUCAUUACAAUAUGCUACCCAUGUUAUUCUGCUUGUGGACUGU